GAAUACGAAUGCAAUAGAGAAUCGUGAAAAUGUCGACCCAUGGAGCUCCCGUUGUGAUGGAAGCAGUCUUGAGUGGACGAAAGACUGGCUGGUUUGCUACUCGUGGUGUGGUGUUGUUGAAUCUUAAUUUGUGUCUUUCAUUGAUUUCCAGCUAUGCUACUGGAUAUGAUGGGUCUAUGAUGAAUGGUUUGCAGUCCCUCGACACGUGGAAAGCAUAUUUCCAUGAUCCUGAUGCUAGUUCUCUGGCUUUGUAUGUAUCACCGUUGAACGCCAUCCAGAAUGUCGGACAAUUGGUGGCUUUGCCAUUUUGUGCAAUUGCUUCCGAUAAAUUCGGUCGACGAGCAACCCUGCUUCUUGGUGCAUUGAUAAUGUUGGUCGGUGUGCUUCUGCAAGGUGCUGCUAAGAACACUGGUAUGUUUGUUGCCGCUCGUGGUAUCCUUGGUAUGGGUCUAGCCUUCAAUAUCACGGCUGCUCCUCUCCUCAUCCUCGAGCUCGCCUUCCCAACUCAACGAGCUCCAUUGGUGAGCAUUUACAACGCUUUAUGGUCUCUCGGAGCAAUAGCCGCAGCCUGGAUCACUUACGGUACUUUCCGUAUGGGCAAUGACUAUGCAUGGCGAAUUCCAUCGUACCUUCAAGGAGUGUCCAGUGUCAUCCAACUAGCUGCUGCGUUCUUCAUCGAAGAAUCUCCACGAUGGCUAGUAGACACAGGCCGCGAGGAGAAAGCAAAGCAGAUCAUAACGAAAUACCACUGCAACGGAGAUUCUGAAGACUAUAUGGUACUGCUCGAACUCGAAGAAAUCAAAGAGGCUCUGCGACUCGAGAAGGAAGCACUUGCUAGCACCUCGUACAUGUCGUUCUUCAAGACCAAGGGAAACCGGCUGCGUUUUUUUAUUAUCCUUGCUGUUGGUUUCUUCUCUCAAUGGUCUGGGAAUGGUCUGAUAUCAUACUAUCUGACGCUUAUUCUCAACUCAAUCGGAUACACGUCGCAAGACACGCAGACACUCAUCAACGGAUUGCUGACCAUUUGGGGUCUUGUAACGACGUUCUUCUUCUCACUCCUUGUGAACAAAUUCGGACGACGAACAAUGUUCUUGGUAUCGACAGCUUCCAUGCUGGUGUGCUUCAUCAUCUGGACUGCACUUGAAUCAACGUACGAGAAGUCUACUGACUUGACUGGACAAGGAUCAGACGGCGUUGCGAAAGGUGUUUUGGCCAUGAUCUUUCUGUACAACCUGUCGUAUGCAAUUGGAUGGGGACCUCUGCAGGUCACCUAUGUCGUGGAAAUCCUUCCAUAUCACCUCCGUGCACGGGGUCUCGUGCUGUACAAUCUCUUCGUCGCGCUUGCUCUAAUCUUCAAUCAAUACGCAAAUCCGGUUGGAGUAACAAACAUUAAAUGGAAAUAUUAUAUUGUGUACGAUGUCUGGCUUUUCGUCGAGCUUGUUGUCGUAUAUUUCCUGUUUGUGGAGACGAGCGGUGCUUCUCUAGAAGAGACUGCUGUGAUCAUUGACGGCGAAGAGAUCCAAGAGAAGUUGGCAGAAGGUGUAGCCCGUGCUACUGAAGGAGAAAAGAAGGUCGUAAUGUCUGAAGAGACGAAGGAGAUGACUGGCAUUUAGACCUACACAUGAGUAUAUG